AUGAUGAGUGAUGCAAGUGACAUGCUCGCUGCGGCUCUGGAGCAGAUGGAUGGCAUUAUAGCAGGUUCAAAGGCGCUGGAGUACUCCAAUGGCAUCUUCGACUGCCAGUCCCCCACCUCACCCUUCAUGGGGAGCCUGCGGGCGCUGCACCUGGUGGAGGACUUGCGGGGCUUGCUGGAGAUGAUGGAAGCAGAUGAGAGAGAGGGGCUGCGCUGCCAGGUCCCCGACUCGACGGCGGAAGCUCUGAUCGAAUGGCUCCAGAGUCAAGUGACUAAUGGACAUAUAUCUGGGAAUGGAGAUGUGUAUCAAGAAAGGCUGGCUCGUCUGGAAAAUGAUAAGGAAUCUCUUGUUCUGCAAGUCAGUGUCCUAACAGACCAGGUGGAAGCCCAAGGAGAAAAGAUUCGGGAUCUGGAAUUCUGUCUAGAGGAGCACAGGGAGAAGCUGAAUGCCACGGAAGAGAUGCUGCAGCAGGAGCUUUUAAGCAGAACAUCCCUUGAAACUCAGAAGCUGGAUCUUAUGGCAGAGAUUUCCACUCUGAAGUUAAAGCUUACCUCUGUGGAGAAGGAUAGAUUGGACUAUGAGGACAGAUUCAGAGACACAGAGGAUUUGAUCCAGGAAAUAAAUGAAUUGCGAUUGAGAGUGGGAGAAAUGGACAAUGAAAGACUCCAGUACGAGAAAAAACUGAAAACGACCAAAGAGGAGCUAGCAGCUUUGAAAGACAGACUGGAGCAGAAGGAAGCUGAGGUGAACAGGCUGCAAGAAAAAUUGGUUUGCAAGAUGAAAGGAGAAGGAAUUGAGAUACUGGACAGAGAUGAAAAUUGUAAAAAGAAGCUCAAAGAUAAAAAUAUAGAGGUACAGAAAAUGAAGAAGGCGGUAGAAUCUCUAAUGGCAGCAAAUGAAGAGAAGGAAGAAGCACAGUCACAAGUUCCUUUUAUUUUAGGAUCGGAAGAGCUUCGGCAAUCUCUGAAUAGGUACAAGAAAGUUCAAGACAUGGUGAUAGUGGCUCAAGGUAAAAAAGGCAAGGAAAGUGACAGUGAAGACUUCCUGAAUUCAGGGUCUGUUUCCACGGUUUUAUUGGACACACCAAGUCUGACUGAGCCAGAAAAAAGCCCAUCCACAACCCCAGUAACAGCAUCUCCAAUCCACGAUGAGUUUAACAUGAAUAUUCACGAAGAGAUCCACACCAGUAUUUUACAGAUUUCCAUCCCUUCUUUUUCAUCAACAUCCAAGAACUCAGAAACUGUUGCAGAGAAAGUGAAAACACAGCCUAGGCCAGAUCUUGCAAGUGAAAUGAGUGAAGGAAAAUCAACAGGUUCCUUCCCAGAAACUCAGCUGUGUGAUAGCCCAGUAACUUCUUCGCUGCAGAAGUCCAGCAGUCUGAGCAGCUUGAGGAAAGAGACAUCUGAAACGGAGAGAGACCUUAUGCAGAAGCCAACAGAGGUUAAACCUCCUGUGGAAGGUAAUAAUUUCGCAACACUCCCUCCGAAGUCUCCUUCUCAUGGUGGCACAGGCGAUGAGGAUAGUUUUGGUACCCGUAAAGCCAGAUCUUCAUUUGGACGAGGCUUUUUCAAGAUAAAAAAUAACAAGAGGACCGCGAGUGCCCCCAAUCUGGAUCGCAGUCGAAGUGCAAGUGCACCUACUUUAGCUGAAACGGAGAAGGGAUCUGCAGAUCACUUGGAUCUGGCUGGCUUGCCACCUCGCCCAAAAGAAACCGAUAGUCUACAGAUGACUCCACCUUCUCCAGAUUCCAAGAAGAAGGCCAGAGGGAUCAAGAAGUUAUUUGGAAAACUUAAAAGAAGUCAGUCUACUACCUUCAACCCAGGUGACACAUCUGAGACGGAGUUCAAAAGAGGAGGGACAAGAGCAACGGCGGGGCCACGGCUGGGCUGGUCUCGAGACCUGGGACAGUCUCACAAUGAGCUGGACACGCCAUUCGCAAAGUGGACAAAGGAGCAGGUUUGCAACUGGCUCCAGGACCAAGGGCUAGGCUCUUACAUUAGUAAUGGCAAACACUGGAUACUGUCUGGGCAAACGCUUCUGCAGGCUUCUCAGCAGGAUCUGGAAAAGGAGCUUGGGAUAAAGCACCCAUUGCAUCGGAAGAAGCUUCAGCUUGCUCUGCAGGCACUCGGCUCUGAAGAGGAAAACAAUCAUGGAAAACUGGAUUACCACUGGGUUACCAGGUGGCUGGACGACAUUGGCCUCCCCCAGUAUAAGACCCAGUUUGAUGAAGGAAAGGUGGACGGCCGAAUGCUCCAUUACAUGAGCGUGGAUGACUUGCUGUCUUUGAAGGUUGUCAGUGUCCUCCACCACCUCAGCAUCAAAAGGGCCAUUCAAGUUUUGAGAAUAAAUAACUUUGAGCCCAACUGUCUGCGCAGGAGGCCUUCUGAUGAGAACAACGUCACACCUUCUGAGGUCACCCAAUGGACCAACCAUCGCGUGAUGGAGUGGUUGCGCUCCGUUGAUCUGGCAGAGUAUGCUCCUAAUCUGCGGGGGAGUGGCGUGCAUGGGGGACUGAUGGUUUUGGAGCCUCGUUUCAAUGUAGAAACCAUGGCACAGUUGCUGAACAUCCCACCAAACAAAACGCUACUGAGACGGCACUUGGCGACUCAUUUCAACCUCCUCGUUGGGCAGGAGGCCCAGCAGCAGAAACGCGAAGCCAUGGAGUCCCCAGACUACGUCCUCUUAACAGCAACUGCCAAAGUAAAGCCAAAGAAACUUGCCUUCAGCAAUUUUGGGAGCCUGAGGAAGAAGAAGCAAGAUGAUGUGGAAGAGUAUGUGUGUCCUAUGGAGCUGGAGCGGGCAUCUGGAAGUGUGUCGAAGAAGGGUUUUAAGCCUGGCCUGGAUAUCCGAGUGUAUGACGAUGAUGAUUUGGACAGGCUGGAGCAGAUGGAAGAUUCAGAAGGGACCGUGAGGCAAAUAGGAGCGUUUUCUGAAGGCAUCAACAACUUGACACACAUGUUGAAAGAAGAUGAAAUGUUUAAAGACUUUGCGACUCGCUCUCCUAGCACCAGUAUAACAGAUGAGGACUCCAAUGUGUGACAGUAACCGCCAGGCACUGACCAAGGCUCACUUUCCUAUGUGCAAGAAACAUCACCCUUAUACAUGACGGGCAGCAGAUCAUGUACAUUACAUUGCUCUUGCUUCUGUUUGUUGGAAGUAAUACGGGGGAGUGGAGAAUUUUAAAAAAUAAAGGAGAGGGAAAAAAGGUGCCUACUCUAAAGUUGCCAUAAGAAACACCCAGACACUGUUGAAUGGUAGUUGUUUUUGUUAUAUUUAAUGUACAAACUGGUGAUACGUUUCAGAGUGUUGCAUUUAAAUUUAUGUGGUAUCAUAGUGCUCCUUUUGCUUACUCACAACCACAGAUAAUCCUUUAUACUGUUUCAGAGUAACGGAAGAUGUUAGGUAGAAGUACUGUGUUUGUAGAUAUUGUGCAUCAGCUUUCUCUAGGCUCUCAGCUGAAAAAAGAUGUUACUGCUCUUUUUCAAG